AUGAUUUGUGCACUUUCGGGACUUCCAAUUCAAAAUCCCGUUGCAUCGCCCAAGAGCGGGUCCGUUUUUGAAAAGAAAUACAUAGAGAAAUACGUUCUCACCAGUGGGAAAGAUCCAAUAAAUGAUGAACCAUUAACUAUAGGGGAGCUUAUAUCAUUACGUAUUACCCCCUUGUCACAAACCUCAUCUAUACCUGGCUCAUUAAAUGGGAAUGGUAAUGAUUCAUCAAACCCUAACAACAACAGCAACAGCAACAUCAAUAAUAAUGAUAAUGAUAACAAUGACAUUAACAUUAUACCACCAGCUCCUGCCACAUCAUCAAUUCCGUCACUUCUUUCAACAUUACAGAACGAGUGGGACAGUAUUGUUCUUGAAUUAUUCACACUACGAAAAACUGUACAGCUGUUGAAACAACAACUCAGCAUGGCUUUGUACCGUGCUGAUGCUUCAGUGAAUGUUGCUGCAAAAGCUCUUAGAGAACGCGAUCAAGCUAGAAGAGAGAUUGAACGAUUGGUGUUGAGCUUAGAAGUCAAACCAGAGGAAAAAACGGAGGACAAAGAUAAUAUAGAUGAGGAAAAGAUAAAUACGGGCGAUGGUGUGUUACAACAGAUUCAAGAAGCCAAAGAAAAGUUGUUUAUCGAGCACAAGAGCAAAAAGGUAAAGUUUCCAUACACUGCAAACAAGUUUCGAUUUGCUAGUGUAUCCGAAGCCAAUGGAGUAUUCAAAGUGAAGCUUGAUGCUUCAGAUUUACUUGAAAAGCAUGUAAGGUUUGAGACCCUUAAUAAGACUAUUAGCUUGGUGCAUGAAAAUGAAGUCAUAUCAUACAGUCUUUUUGAUAACUUAUUCACAAAGUGGCAAACAAGCCUGAAAGAUGAUAUUACAAAGUUUUGUAUUAACAGCCACGGUGUGAUUGCUGCUGCAUAUGGUUCUACAUUGGAAUUCUCUACAGGUGCGAAAUUUGGAAUUAAAGCAGCAGAAAUUGUUGCACAUCCUGAACUCAACUUGUUUGUUGUAUUUACCGAGACCGAGUAUUUAAUCACAAAUGGUCAAGAAGUACUCUUUAAAAAGAAUCUCACCUUUAGCACGGAUUUGGCGGCAAUACAUGUGGAUGGACAAUUAAUCGCAUUGGAUGAUAAAAAGCAAAUACUGUUAUUCGAUCUAGUGUCGGGUGAGGUUGUUGGAUCUGUCCCGUACGUGGAACACACAAUUUCAACCUCAAGUUCAAAAACUAGGUUAAACCGCUCAGUAAUACAGAUACAGUUUGCAGCAAAUGGGUACUGGUUGUUUAUUUUGUCUGAUAUCUUUGAUGGAACGAUUGAUAAAGACCAUGGUAUUGUAAGCGUUAUACAAGUGAUUGAUUUGAGGAAAAUUGCAGAAGUGAAGAAAUUUGAGUUUGAUUUCAAGGUAGACAAUUUUGUUAUUGAUCCAACUUCAACGGUGCUUUUUGUAAAUAAUGAGGAUGGAAUCUCGUCAUCGAUAUAUCUGAAAAAGACAAAGACAUGGAGUGCUUGGGAAAGUGUAGAGUUUGCAGAAGGUAUGAGCAAGGGUAAGAAUGUUUUAAGGUUGUUUUCUAAUGUGGAUGAUAUUGCCAAGAACCAGAAUUUGGAGUUGGUUCAUUUGGAUGGGUAUAAUGACGUGUGCAGAUGUCUACGAUUAGAAGGAGUAUAG